AUGAGUGCUGUUGAUGUGAAGUACCGCGACUUGGCUAAAGAAUUUCUAACCAAACUACACCUGUUCUACUUCAAAGAUCGUUCUCCUUAUGCGAUAUUGAGCGAGAAAUUAAAGCAUGCUGUUUAUGGUCUACCAUGGGAAUGCAUGGAUGCGAAUAAUAGGAAAGUUGUAGCUUUCUUUCUGAUGAAUGUUCAGGAGCCUGUUCAUAUAAAGGCGCUGGGUGUCGCUAAUGUUGGCGUCACUUCUAUGGCGGCGUUGUCUAGCGAAGACCUCGUGAAGAAUAAUGUUGAGGCAAGACCAGCCAGGGUUGCGGGGGGCAUCACUGCUCCCACAGAUUACCUGUAUGUAAAACUUUUACGCAUGUCUUUGCGUAUCAUCGCCUCUUGGCCUCAUAAAGAGCUCGGAGAGAAAGACCCUGUGAUCCUGAAUACAUUCCUUAAGUAUUUUUAUUUAGCAGCAACUUCUGCUUGUCAAUUCGGUUCAUAUCUUUACCUCAGAACGUAUAAUGAUGAACUUACUAUGAUGGAAGCUGGCCAUUCUUAUCUCAUGAUUAUGAUGACAUUCAUUGAUAUAACGGCACCAGUACUUAUGCGUUAUUUGCCACUAACAAUAGUAUGUACUCAACAGCUCAUUCAGUUGUCAGUAAUUUUUGAACUGAUUGGGACUGAGAGUGAAAAAUUACUAAACGCUGUGUACAGUGUACCAUGGGAAUGUAUGGACACAAGUACUAGAAAAUUUGUAUCAUUUUUCCUAAUGAACGUUAGGGAACCAAUACACGUAAAAGCUUUGGGCAUUGCCAAUGUUGGCGUCACGACUAUGGCAGCGUCCAGGAUCCUCAUGCUCACAUUUUCCAAGGAGUAUCGAAAAGUAUGCAAAGAAUUUCUCACUAAGGUACACUUGUUCUACUUCAAAGAUAAUUCUGAAUAUGCCAUGAAGAGCGAAAAAAUUCUGAGCGCUGUGUACAGUAUACCAUGGGAAUGUAUGGACACAAGUAAUAGAAAGUUUGUUUCAUUCUUCCUAAUGAAUGUUAGAGAGCCAAUACAUGUUAAAGCUCUGGGUAUUGCCAAUGUUGGCGUCAUGACUAUGGCAGCGACGGCGCCAGCUCUUAUGCGUUAUUUACCACUUACAAUAAUACUGACUCAGCAACUGAUCCAGCUGUCUGUUAUUUUUGAACUCAUUGGAAGUGAGAGUGAAAAGGUCCUAAACGCCGUGUAUAGUGUGCCAUGGGAAUGUAUGGAUCCUAAAACUAGAAAAAUGUUGGCCUUCUUUUUAAUGAACGUUAGGAAGCCAAUACAUGUGAAAGCUCUUGGUGUGGCUAACGUUGGAGUUACUUCUAUGGCUGCAGCGCCCGCGGAACGCUACGCGCCGCACGCUCGGGUCUGGUUCUGUUCGGGCGGCGAGCUACCCUUACACGCCGACCGCAGACCCGCGCUUACGGUGGCCGGAGAUCGUCCCUUGAUCUCCGACGCCCGUAGUGUCGCCUGUUGCGGCAGCUGA